AUGUCUGAUCACGAGUUUACCGCAAACGACGAGCUCAGCCUUCCCAAGGCUACCGUCCAAAAAAUCGUCACAGAAAUUCUCCCACCUUCCAGCGGCUGCAGCUUCUCCAAGGAAGCUCGCGAUCUCCUCAUAGAAUGCUGUGUCGAAUUCAUCACCCUCAUCUCCUCCGAAGCCAACGAGAUCUCCGAAAAGGAGGCCAAGAAGACGAUUGCCUGCGACCACAUCACCAAAGCACUCGAGCAACUUGGCUUCUCCGAUUAUGUGCCCGCCGUCGUCGAGGCGGCGGCUGAGCACAAGGAAGUCCAAAAGGGCCGUGAGAAGAGGGGUGAUAAACUCGCACAGAGCGGGUUGUCGCUGGAAGAACUGGAGAGGAUACAGGCGGAGCAGUUUGCACAGGCAGCAGCACGACACAGCUAG